AAGCUGAACCGUCAAAACAUAAACAGUCAACCUUGUGUGAACGCAGCUAGCUCGUUUUAUAGUCUGCCUUUUAAAAGCUCUGUACACCCAUCCCUAAUGUUGUGUCUUCUCCGUCUGAGAAUUCCUAGUCGAGGCACUUAGCUCAUUUGCUAAGCAGCGAGGUGGAGAGAAAAAAAAUCUGCAGUAAAGAUUAGGACUAAACUAAGAAGUACGCCUCGUCGGGCCUUCGAGUAGAGGUUCUACUUCGGGUCGACGCAGGACAAAGGAAACGGAAUGGCUGAGGCUGACGGCAAAUCCACUGUGCUUAACGGUGGCUCUGAGGAAAACACGCCUGGAGAAGAUCAACAGAAGGAGCGGGAUGCCUCUGGAAGCAAAGAGGGACAAACAGAGUCUUCCUCUCAAGAUGCUCCCAAAGAAACAGCAGAGGCAUCUGGAGACAAACCUAUGCCAGACGUGGAAGGAGAGACCGGGACAAACCGAGAGGGAGAGGAGGAUGAAGACACAGACAGCAUGGAUGGCAGUGGCCUCUACUCCUUGACUGAGGAUGGUGAAAGGGAGAGUGAGGGAGGGAGACGAGAGAAGGCCAAGGAAAAAGAUGGUGGGCAACGGGCAGCUAGAAAGAGGAACCGACCUGGCGGUGGCAACAACCACUCCUCCAGCUCAGAUGAAGAUGACGAUGAGGAUGAAGAAGAAGAACAGAAAGAUGAUGAAGACGAUGAUGAGGCUAUGGAGGCGUGGUUGGGAGCAGAGCUUCGUGACCUGCGUGGCCCUGUAUGGCGGGCAGUACCCUCGCUGCGCUCCAGGGAGAUCGGAAGGGACUCGCACCAGUUUGUGAGGCGGGUGUGUGGAGCCCGAGGCCUCGUGCAGAGGCUGGAGCUCCAGGGCCGCUUAGAGAGGCACACAGGCUGCGUCAACACGUUGCACUUCAACCCCUCUGGCACACGCUUGGCAUCAGGCAGCGAUGACCUGCGAGUGGUGAUCUGGGACUGGGCCAUCCGUCGUGCUGAGCUGGAGUUUGACAGUGGACAUAAGAGCAAUGUUUUUCAGGCAAAGUUCCUGCCUCACAGUGGAGACUCCACCUUGGCCAUGUGUGCUCGUGAUGGUCAGAUCAGAGUGGCAGAGCUUUCUGCCACACAGCGCUGCAAGAACACAAAGCGGGUUGCACAGCAUAAAGGGGCAGCACACAAGCUGGCCCUUGAGCCAGAUUCCCCCUGCUCCUUUCUGUCUGCUGGAGAGGAUGCUGUGGUGUUUGGCAUUGACCUGCGCUUAGACCGUCCUGCCAAUAAACUGGUGGUAGUAAAGGAAGGUGAUAAAAAAGUGGGGCUGUACACCAUUUUUGUCAACCCAGCAAAGACACACCACUUUGCAGUUGGAGGGAGAGAUCAGUAUGUAAGGAUCUAUGACCAGAGGAAGAUUAAUGAAAAUGAUAAUAAUGGUGUCCUGAAAAAGUUUUGUCCUUCACAUCUGGUAUCCAGUGAGUCCAAAACCAACAUAACCUGCCUUGUGUACAGUCACGACGGCACAGAGCUCCUGGCUAGUUACAAUGACGAAGACAUCUACUUGUUCGACUCCAACCACAGUGAUGGGGCAGACUAUCGUAGAAGAUACAAGGGACACCGCAAUAAUGCCACAGUGAAGGGGGUGAACUUCUACGGGCCGUGCAGUGAGUUUGUGGUCAGUGGCAGUGACUGUGGACACAUCUACCUGUGGGACAAGUACUCUGCUCGCAUCGUCCAAUUCAUGGAGGGAGACAGAGGAGGAGUGGUCAACUGUCUGGAGCCACAUCCCCAUCUGCCAGGCAUGGCCACCAGUGGGCUGGACCACGACAUUAAACUGUGGGCUCCUACAGCUGAAAGCCCCACAGGACUCAAAGGUCUAAAAGAGGUGAUGAAGAAAAACAAGCGGGAGCGUGAUGAGGACAGCGUGCGCCAUGGCGACCAGUACGACACCCAGCUGCUGUGGUUCCUGAUGAGACACAUGAGGAACAGACGACCUCCAAGGGCCCGCCGUGAGGGUGCAGAUGCAGACACGGAUGAGUCCUGGAGCUCUCCAGAUUCUUCAGAUGAAGAGGAAGGAGGUCCAGACCAUGUCCAGUGCAUGUCGUCUUGAGCCACACAUACAUACUUACACUCAUACAGAUACACACACACACACACACACACACACACACACUCAUACAGAUGCAUACACACAUACAUACACUCACUCUUUAUUGCCCUUGAAUUGAUGCACAUAGGCAAGCACUAUUGACACACUGGCACACUCAAACACUGAUGAGCCACAACCUUCUUUUUUUUUUUUACACACACAUACAAACACAGAUAAACACAUACAUUUACUUAAACAUACUGUUGAAGCAGAGUGACAGAAAUGCUUAACGCCUGGUUUCCCAGCAGUUAUGAGUGUGCAAAUGGCAACUACAGACUGCAUACACACUUCCAGAAUCCUGAUUUUUUUUUUGAGAAUUGUACAAAGAGGUUUAGUGAGUGCUUACAUCCCUAUAAACCACUUGGAGGCCCCUGCUUGUCCAUACAUUAUCUAUAUGCUCUGCCUAGACCCAGAACAAUGUACUGUGUGUGUAUGGCAACAAGUACCUCCAACUUUAGACAACCUAUAGUAUACAUCACCAGCACACAAUCUCCCCUCUCUUAGUAACACACCUCUUGCUCUUGACCUUUCUGUGCUGAUGAAGAGGGGUUCAGCAGGGAGCAAGGGCGUAUGCUUAUCUCCUCAAACCAUCCCCUAAAUGUGACUUCCUUUAAGAUUUGAAUUUUUAUAGGGAGAGCCCAGUUCCCCUCACUCCAUCUCCCCAUACUGAUUUUUUUUUUUUGGCUGUGAGCUUGAGCAGCUACUUGCAUUUAUCACACUUUUGCUCCCAGAGAACUACUAAUUCUCUACAUGCUGCGUUACCCUACAUGCUGCCCUCAGCCACUCCCUCCACUCUUCCUUCCUUCAUCAACCUCCCCCAUCAUCACUGAGUGCACUUUGAAUCAGGGAUGCUUUAGUUUGAGAUACAGACAAAACGUGCGCUGAGUGUGUGACUUUGGGGGUGGAGCUGUUGAGAAGUUAACUUUAUUUUUUCUUAAACUUUUUUGAGUCGGGGGAAAUUUUUGCACUUGAGCGUUUCUUGACUGAGGAGAGGUGGUUUCCUUUGCGUCUACCAGCCUUUCCUCCUCUUUCUUCCUCCCUCACUCUCCAUUCAGAAACUCAUCUUUGACAGAAAGUCUAUGGUUCACCUCUCACUGACCAGGAAAGUGGAGAGGUAGAUGGUGUUCAGCGUGUAUAUAGGACUGAUUUUGGGCUCUGUUGGGAAACAGUGGAAUUUUGAAGAGCCAGAACCGACCUGGAUCAAUCCCAUUUGAAACACUGCCUACCAGCCAGUUGGGAUUGGGGUCAUAAAGGGCUGCACUUGUUUAUGUGGUUCCUAAAAGUAAUAGUUCUACAUUUGGGAAUAAUUAAUUCAAUUUCUUGCUUGUGGAAAUAGCUUGUCUGGCUCAGGCAGUAGGAACGUCUCGAUAUCUUUUUUCUUGCCCCUGAUCAAAUCAGACUCAUUAAUACUUAUUAGUAUGCCAACUUCAAGUACUGUAGGUUAGGUGUUGUACCUGGUGUCUGGCUCUUACUUCUUAAUAUUGCAGUAACCAGAAGAGGUGUUCCUGGGACUACACUCUGACUUACCGGAUGUAUGUUGCCGGUACAGGCCUGCCAUUGGCUGAACAUUUCAGUUUCCAUUCUCCCUCUCUUCCACUAUCUUUGUGUUACCAUUUUCUUUGCACCAGGAAACAACAACAGCCAACUCUGGACAGAAAUCUACUGAAACUUUUGUUGAAGGUUUUGGCUUGUGCAGUAAGGCGGCCCUAAUAGUUGUUUUCAGUAGAUUAUCCAUUUUAAUUACAGUGCUCAUCUCCCUGCGUGCAAAUGUUCCACCUCAAGAAUUUCACCCAUCACUAUUUUGUGGACACACCAAAGCCACAUACUUUGCUUAGCCCCACCCACAAUGACCAUGAUUGGAUUGAAGCAAUAUAAACAAAGCAGAGCAUUUUUUUUUUUCUCCCCGCUACAGCAGAAUGAUAGUGUGUUGCAGCCAGACCGUUAUGUUCUACAGAACAGGCUGGCUAAGCAGGACUGUUGAGACUGCAGGCUGGUCUGUGUUGGCAAGCAGAGAGCAUUGAGACGGUUUGGCUAGUAGUGAGCCACCAUGAGAAUGUCUUCUUUGAUGCUUAAGGACCUCUAGCCAGAGCUUCCAUUAUUGAAAAAAGCUGGCUUGGCCUUGGACAGUGGUCAUAUAUCCAGUUGACAUAUGUUACAGAGCAGCAGUUGUGGCCCAUAUUCUAUGUCUGUAGAAAAUGGCGUUACCGGUGCAGGGAAAAUGUCCACUGUGCUGAGUCUGUCAUCAAUUAACCAGUAGUUGGUGGAUAAUGCUGUCAGUGCUGAAGAAAAUUAUUGGAAUUUGCAUUCUGCUACAAAUUGUGCUCUCCCUUUACGACACCUGUGACAGUAAACAAAGAAUCGGGUUUAAGUCUGUGAUGAUACAUAUUGGUUUAAAACUGCCUUGAUCGGCCCCAAUCCCAGUCUCUGAGACCUGCUCAGGACAUCCCUAGUCAGAAGGUAUUUACAUAACAGCACCUCUAAUGCUUUUUGCAAGUUUUUGUGUUAAACUAAGCUGCCUGCCUGCUGGCGGUAGCUUUAUGUUUUGCAUAGCCUCACACCCCUGAGUGGUAUCAAUUUCCUCAUCUAACUCUCAGCAAUAGAGCGAACAAGUAAAAAUGUCAAACUUCUUCUUUGUCCAAAGUCUCAAAUCUGGAUGAAUUACGUUUUUUAGACAAACACUUGAGCCAGGUCGGGUGUUUGCAGCCAGCACACCUCUCUUGUGUGUGCUGUGUUGACAUUGGCUCUAAGACGAGGAUGGAGGGAGCGGCAGGGUCAAUAUGCUUGCCAGUCAUUUGUUGUGUGAGAGCGAUAAAGUCCAGCUUUUCUCAUUUUCUAUGAGAACUGUAGUUAGUUGAAUUUAUAUGUACAUAUAUAAAUAUAUAUUAAAAAAAAUACUGUAAAAAAAAAAAAAAAAAAACUUUAGCAAAUGCUGUUUGACUUAAAAAAAAAAAAAAAAGUCAAAACAGUUGAUUGGUAUUGAUGCAGAGGUUUAUAUUCUAUAUGAGGACAAAGUACUUUUAAAAUCCUGAGAAAAAAAAGUCUUGACAUGUCCAUUUUUGUUUGGUUUUUCCUUCUAUGGCACCCCUCUGUUAUGAACAGAACUGCUGUCAUUGCAAGUAUUAAGGUUUUGAUUCUUUUUUUUCUUGUUCAAGAAAAAAAAAAAAAACAGUGUUUCCUUUCUAGAUCUUAAUCCAUAAUUUGAGACAAUUCUAUCCAGAUUUUCCCACUGGCUACUUUUGGCAUCUUGUAUACAUAAUAAGGCUUUUGAUGAACAUUUUUUUUCCACCACUGCCUGAUAUUGCAUUCUACCAGUUCAGUUGGAAAUACGUACGAUUCGUGCAAUAAACAAAAAGACAAUGCUCUUGAUGUUGUCAUUUUA